AUGGCCCUGUACGAAACUGCAAAGACUUCCUUGGGCGAACUUCCUGAAUUUGACCAAGAUGUACAAACUUACGACAUGAAGCUUCCUGACUCUGCCAACGAGGUGCUCAUAUAUACGUUCGUCACCACGAGCGGAGAAGGCGAGUUCCAACGAGGCUACUACGAGAUUUCUACCACCAAGGAUGGCAAGCAAUUCACCCAGUACAUGAAUGUUGCCACUGGCCAGGGUGUGAAGGCUGUUAACUCUUCCAACAUGUGGUUCCCUAAAGGUGAUGGAAAACUGAGCAUCAAGUUGGUGCAUGGCUCCGAGAAAAAGACCAGCAUCAAGGGAAAGGCAGCUGACUGGAGCGAAGUAUUUAUCAUCGGAUACAGAUGA